AUUCCCACCAGUUCGAAUCCAACUCGUGGAAGCCUCCGCCGGAGCUGCCGCCCGCGAUGUCCAAGGCCGCCGCAGCCGCCGCAGCGGCGGCGUCCCUCCCGCCACCGCCGCCCGAGGUGGCCCACCUGGUGGAGCAGCUCCAGCGCCAUCACCUCGCCCCGGACGCCUCCCUCCUCUCCAGCUCCGCCCACUCCGACCUCCUCCAGGCGCGCGAGGAGGUCGCGGCGGAGCGCGCCCGCUACCUCGAGGCCCUGGCGGUGUACGCGGAGGCGAUGGCCAUGGUGGAGGAGUACCAGCACGCGACCGCCGCGGGCAGCGCCGGUGCCGCCAAGAAGCUCAACUGCUCCCCGGAGGUCUACGAGUCCUUGGAGCACCAUUUGGCGGUCGCCGAGGCGGCCCAGAGGUUGAGGCUCCCACUGCUCUCGCAGGACGGGGAGGUGCAUGAGGAGGAGAUAGAAAAGCUGAGCACCUUGUCAAGGGUUUCAUUUGACAGUACCGUAACAAGUGCCACGCCAAGCUCAACCUCAAUCUCGACUAACUACAAUAACUAUGGCAGCACCGGUAGUGCGUUGACUGCUGCCGCUGCCGCUGGUGGUGGUGGUUCGGAGCUGGUUGAGCCCGGGGCAGGUGGUGUUCCUGAUCGCUUUCUUGGGAUAACAUCAGAUUAUCUCUACCAGGUGCAGCAACAGCAGCCAGCCAUGACUGUGGACAUGGUCGAGUAUCAGAGAUCUGUGGCAAGAGAGAUUGAGGCUCGGUUAGAAGCUAAGUGUGACGCUUUAGCUGAUCUUUUUGCAAUGGAUGAAAGGGAUUCGUCAUCCAUCAAUCAGAUUUCAAGUGCCAGGCUUCCAGAAAGGGUGAAAUUAAUUAUCGAAGGAAUAGAAAAGGAAGAGUCCCUUCUACUGGAGGAUCUUGCUUCGAUGGACAGGAAAUUUGCUGAGCACUAUAAUGUCCUGGAGCAAAUUCUUGCUGUACUUAUACAGUUUGUUAAAGACAAGAAGUUAGAACACCAGCACCAAUAUGAUGAUGUGAAGAAGACCUGGCUUAUUAAAAGAUGCCGUACUAUGAAUGCUAAACUAAGCUACCUGGAGCACCAUCUCUUGCGUGACACCUACACGAAGGAAACAGUACCUGCAUUGCAUAGAAUCAGGAAAUAUCUUGUGGAGGCAACGAAAGAAGCAUCCAAUUCCUAUAAUGAAGCGGUCUCACGUCUCCGCGAGUACCAAGGCGUAGACCCGCACUUCGACGUGAUUGCGAGGCAGUACCAUGAGAUCGUGAAGAAAUUGGAGGGCAUGCAGUGGACGAUCCACCAGGUGGAGAUGGAUCUGAAGCCGGCCUCGUCAUGAUCUGCCAGGUGCCUGAAUCCCGUUGCCCCGGGAGAAGAGAAGCCCGUUGUUUGUUGCUAACUGUUGAGCGUAAUUUCGCGGCGCUCAGAGUAUAUAUAUGGCGCUGCUGGUGGUUUCUGUUUGUUUACACACGGCGUUUUCCUUUUGCAUUCAUAUUCCAGAUAUUGAGGAGAAGUGAUGCGUGAAUGAACCA